UUGUUAAUUCGUUUUGUUUAAUCGGUUCUGUUACAUUUUCUUUCUUGAUCGUGAGAAAUAUAUAUUUUCACGUGCACAUCUCCAAUCAGCAGGUGAAAUUGUGCCGGGUUGCUUGCCUGAAAACUGAGUGUUCUUAACAGCUGGGCACAAACCAUGGUAACGGUUGGACUACUAUCGCGCCUGCUUACUGGCAGCGGCGUAGGCAGCGGCGUUGUCUGCAUGCGUUUGCUCACGCGCAUCGCCAGCCCCAAUAGAUUAAGUCUCAAUCUAAAUCCACGUUGCCUCAGCUUCUUAUGCAGCUUCAACAAGGGAAGCGGCAAAGAAGCAUCGUCGGCCUCACCAACAUUGCCUUUAUCGACAACAACAACUACCACAAUACUGUCGCCGCUGCUUGUCGCCAAAUAUCGCAGCUAUGCGCGUCUCAGCAGCAAAUCCACCACGCAGUGUGCCAGCGCCAAUAAAACGGACACCAAAUCCUCAUCAACGGCAACAGUAUCAUCCUCUAAUGAACUGUUUGGAGAGGCGGCGAACAUGGGCCUUUUUGCAAAGUUUAAGCAUAUGUACAAGCAGUAUUGGUACGUGCUCAUCCCGGUGCAUGUAAUAACAUCGAUUGGCUGGUUUGGCGGCUUCUACUAUCUAUCAAAAAGCGGCGUAGAUGUACCUGCUCUGCUGCAGUACUUGCACCUAAGCGAGAACAUUAUUGAGAAGGUGCAAGGCUCUGAUAUGGGACACUAUGCGAUUGCCUAUCUGUGCUAUAAGGUGGCAACGCCGGUGCGCUAUGCAGUAACAUUGGGGGGCACCACGAUCUCUAUCAAAUAUCUGGUGCAAUGGGGCCAUAUUAAGCCCAUGCCAACCAAGAGCCAGCUGAUGAAAAUGUACGAGGAUACAAAGGCCACGCGUGCCAGUGCCAAGGCCAACAAGGAUGAGAAUCACAAAUGAUCGUUGGUUAUUGGGCGUAUACGUCGCUGCCCCCGCCUGGUGUCGUCGUUGUCGUUGUCGCUUCCCGUGCGGCGUUCAGUUGGCUAGUUGUAUUUUUUGUUAAACUGUUGCACGUUGAUUCAGGCCAAGUGUCGUUUCUGGAAUUUAAGUUUCUCGCCCAGACGCAUCUGUACACAAUACAACCGAAUUACUAAUAAUUAACGACGCUGCCUCCGUUUGAGAGAGGAUUACACAUCCAAUACAUCAAUAUUUCAUAUAUAUAUUUUGUAAUAACAUUUUUGCAUAGUUUUUGUUAGUUACGAAACAAAUUGCCGUUGCGCCGCAUGCAAAGGAGACCCAUACUCAUACAUACAUAAACCAGCACGCAGCACGCAUACAGACACACACAAACAUGCAUAUAACUCAGAGUAAGGCAGCCUCCGAUACAGACAAGAUGAAUUGUAGUAUAUUUUAUAAAUGUAAUUGAGAAGUUAUCGAAAAAGAAAAACCGAACUGGUAUAAAAAGUAAA